CCGGGAUUCCCGGCGUCCCCGGUUCCUCUCCACAUUCCCCCACUGCCUUCCCCCUGUCUCCUCCUCCUGCUCCUCCUGCUCUCGGGUUUGAACACCCGCUGCCCCCGGCAGACCUGCCUCCCCUCCGCCGCUCGCACAGCUCUGCCCUGCCGUGCCCUGCCCUGCCCUGCCUGCCGGGCUCCGCCAGCCCCGGACCUGCGGACAGGUGAGGCAGAGCACCCAGGAUUAUGGCAGCUUCUUCCACCUUCUUCUCUCCUUUCCUCUUCCUGUGCGCGCUGGUUCUUUCUGACAUCAGUCUUGCAGUCUCCCUGAACCCUGGCACAAAGCUCAGAAAUGUUCCAGACGGCGACAACCACCUUCAAAACCAAGAGAUGUGGCUGCAGCAGCCCAAAAUUGGGCACCACCACAAGCACGGCUUGGCCAAGAAGGAGAGAGUCCAUGCCAUGCCUUCGAGAGGGCGGCCGGCCGGGGAAGAGACCCUCAGGAUGGGCAGCGGAGCGUCAGCUGUGGAGGAGCUGGUGACAGAGGGACAGCCAGCAGCCCUGAAACAGAACAAGGAUGUGUUCCUGGGCUUUGAGUUGCCGUAUCCUGAGAGGGAGAACCAGUCCCCGGGCUCUGAGAGGGGGAAGAAGCAGAGCCGGGAGCAGCGGCGGCACAGCCGCAGGGACAGGCUGAAACACCACCGAGGGAAGACUCCUGAUGCUGGGCCGAGCUCCCUGUACAAGAAACCUGAAAGCUUUGAAGAACAGUUUCAGAACCUCCAGGCAGAGGAAGCUACAAGCCUGACUCCCACCGUGCUCCUCAUCACUGCCCUGGACCAAGCUGCUUCCACAGAAGAGCCUCCUGUUCUUCCAGCCACCUCACCACGGUCACAGGCCCGCCUCAGGCAAGACGGGGAUGUGAUGCCCACCCUAGAUAUGGCACUCUUUGACUGGACAGAUUAUGAGGACCUCAAACCAGAAAUGUGGCCAUCUGCUAAAAAGAAAGAAAAGCGCCGCAGUAAGAGCCCCAACAGUGGAAACGAAACUGUGACAGCUGAAGGGGAGCCAUGUGAUCACCACCUUGACUGCCUCCCAGGCUCUUGCUGUGACCUGCGUGAGCACCUCUGCAAACCCCACAAUCGAGGCCUUAACAACAAGUGUUACGAUGACUGCAUGUGCACUGAGGGGCUCCGCUGUUACGCCAAAUUCCACCGGAACCGAAGAGUGACCCGGAGGAAAGGGCGCUGUGUGGAGCCCGAGUCGGCCAACGGAGAGCAGGGAUCUUUCAUCAAUGUUUAGGAGGGUGGGACUCCUGCCAGGAGGGUCAGGAGCUGAGCUCAAACUGUUCAUACCUAGCAAUGGGAAUUAGAGGAAAAAAGUGAGCAAAUGACUGGAGCUGCAGGCUCUGGACAUGCCAGGUUCCAGCUGGGCUGAAACUCAUGUUAUUUAUAAGUAGAGUGGUCUCAGCCUUUGCCACAGCAGAUUGUGUUCCCCCUGCCUUCCCUCAGCACAUUUCCUGCCACUGAGUUGGGUCCCCCUCUCCCAGUUAGUAAGAAAUGAUCGUUACUCCCGUUCUGAUGGUCCUGGCAGGAAAAGGUUCUGCAGCUUCAUCUCUUCUUCUCAAAGGAGUUUAGAUGUGGAAGAUCCUUCAGGGCAAAGGAGAUAUGAGCUUAAACUUUACCCUUUAAUUAUUGCUUGAAAAUAAAGGUAGAUUGCCCUUAAGGAUUGGAGGUUCCUAGAGGAGAGGAAACUUGUAGCCUCCAGA